GAGACUCGGCUUCCCAGCGUGCCCCGCGCGGAGCCCGCGCUCCUGCUCAGCUCGCGCUCUCUCGCUCGCGUUCCCGGGGUCUCCUCAGAGCGGCGGCGGCGGCGUCGGGGGGGGGGAGAACGGGCGGCACCGGCGGCAGCUCCGAGUAUGUCGGCCGAGGAGGAGGCGGCCGAGCUGACCAUCGCCGAGGACCUGGUGGUGACCAAGUACAAGAUGGGGGGGGACAUCGCCAACCGGGUCCUACGUGCUGUGGUCGAGGAGGCGAACUCGGGAGCAUCGGUUCUGUGCUUGUGUGAGAAGGGAGAUGCCAUGAUCAUGGAGGAGACGGGCAAAAUCUUCAAGAAGGAAAAAGAAAUGAAAAAAGGUAUUGCCUUCCCAACGAGUAUAUCAGUAAAUAACUGUGUCUGUCACUUCUCCCCAUUGAAGAGUGACCAGGACUACAUCCUCAAAGAUGGAGACUUGGUCAAAAUUGACUUGGGAGUCCACGUCGAUGGCUUCAUAGCAAAUGUAGCACACAGUUUUGUCAUAGAUGCCUCAAAGGAAAAACCUGUGUCAGGCCGUAAAGCUGAUGUCAUCAAGGCAGCUCAUCUCUGCGCUGAGGCCGCGCUGCGUUUGGUAAAGCCUGGAAACCAGAAUACACAAGUGACAGACGCGUGGAACAAAAUAGCCCACUCGUUUCACUGCACACCCAUUGAAGGGAUGCUGUCACACCAGCUGAAGCAGCACGUGAUCGAUGGGGAGAAAACAAUCAUCCAGAACCCUACAGACCAGCAAAAGAAGGACCACGAAAAAGCAGAAUUUGAGGUUCACGAAGUUUACGCUGUUGAUGUUCUUGUCAGCAGUGGGGAGGGAAAGGCAAAGGACGCUGGGCAGAGAACUACAAUUUACAAAAGGGACCCCUCCAAACAGUAUGGUUUGAAGAUGAAAACCUCCCGUGCCUUUUUCAGUGAGGUGGAGAGGCGCUUUGAUACUAUGCCAUUUACUCUCAGGGCAUUUGAAGAUGAGAAGAAGGCCAGGAUGGGGGUGGUGGAAUGCGCCAAACAUGAGCUGCUCCAGCCCUUCAACGUCCUCUACGAAAAGGAAGGAGAGUUUGUUGCACAGUUCAAAUUCACAGUGCUUUUAAUGCCUAACGGUCCUAUGAGGAUAACCAGCGGCCCCUUCGAACCUGAGCUCUACAAGUCGGAGUUUGAGGUGCAAGAUGGAGAGCUGAAGGCCCUUCUACAAAGUUCUGCAAGCCGGAAGACCCAGAAAAAGAAGAAAAAGAAGGCCUCCAAGAAUGCAGAGAAUGCCACCACGGGAGAGACAGCGGAAGAGAAUGAGGCCGGUGACUGAGCAGCUCCUGUUCCUUCUGCACAGCACCCGGUUCUCACACACACACAUACACACACACACACACUCACCCCUUACCCCCAACCCUACCCCCAUAAAAAGAACCAGAAACAAAAACCCAGUGUUGUUUGGGAACACCAAACAGCCUGGAUGUCCCACUGAACUACAACCAGCUCCUAUCGAUUUUUGCCAAUGAGGGAGGAUUCUCUCAGCCACUUCAGACUACUUCAAAAGCAAGCAAAAGAAAAGGAAAUAAAAUCAGGAGUAAAAGCUAGUCUAUAUCUUUCUAACCUUUUAUACUCCUCAUACUUGUUAAAAGAGGUGAACAACUGAAGCCAUUCCCAGUGAGAGAAGGGAAUGGAGAGAGCUGCCUGCUUUCUCCUUCCUCCUCUUUUUGCUUUUAAUUUCUCCCUUGAUGUGUUUUCUUGGAGGGGAAUAAAAGGGAAAGGAAGCUGUUUGUGCCCUCAAAAAGAGAUCUGUGUUUGUGAUCAGCUCCUCUCUGCCCAUUACCUGGGGGCAGAGCCUUUCUCACUCUUUUAACCUUUAGGUUGUACGUUUAUAAUUGGGGAUUUGGGGGGGGAAUAAAAGCAGCAAAUUGGAUGUCCCUGAUGAGACUGUCUACCGUGCUCCGUCUCUGCCUUGGUUUACCUAUAAACACUCUAUUUUUAAA